AAUGAGAACAAUAGUUAUCCUCUUUUUAGCAAUUAUUCUUCAGGAAUCAAGAGGUGCAACUGUUCCAACAACUAAUGUUUACAACUGCGAUGCUGGACAGACUGGACUUCGACGUGUAACUUGUGGUAUGUGUUCUUCGGGAAGAAUACCAACUAAAGAUAAGUUAAAAUGUUUACAAUGUCCAAAUUGGUGUAUAAAAGGCGAGUGCGUUGAGAAAUCUUCUUGGACAAAUGAAAAUGACGCAACUGAUUGUAAAGCUUGCACUGAACACUACUAUCUUAAAGGGACAGUUUGCGAAGAAUGUUCAAUUGGGUGCAAAAAUUGUACUGAUGCAACUAUUUGCAACGCUUGUUAUUCAAAUUAUGUACUGAAAGAUACGCCUAAGGAAUGUGCCUCUUGCCCAUCGAAUUGUGUUGCCUGCAAUUGGAAUACCGCAAACGCAGCAGCCGAAUGUUCGACAUGUAAAGAUGAAUACAGUAUAUCUUACGGCUUUUCUCAUUAUAAACAUGACGCAUUUUCAGCUUGUGGAUCGUACUGUAAGUCAUGCUCAUACUCCAAAGAUAACGGUGUUAGUUGUAGUAGCUGCUAUUCUAAUGCCUACAAAGAAACAAAUAGUGCUGUUUCCACUUGCAAAUUAUGCUCAACAGCAAUCUCUGGCUGUAAAAGGUGUACAAAUAAAGAUACUUGUACUGAGUGCUUAUCAAAAGCAUAUUCUAUUACAUCUUCAAAUAAAUGUGAAGCGUGUAGCACAGUUUCUGCAUCGUGCAUAGAAUGUGAUGCAAGUAGUGGAGUUAACAAAUGUAAAAAAUGCAUGAGUGGUUAUUACUUAAACUCUGGCUCCUGUUCUCUAUGUCCACGAAAUUGUGAUACUUGCGAACAAAGGGACAAUAUUAUUAAAUGCACAAAGUGUAAAGUAGAUUAUACAAUUGUUGAUGUAAAGAGCUGUGAUAGAUGUCCAGAUAAUUGUCUCCAGUGCCAUGUAGUAGUGGACAAAUUGACAAUUGCAAUGCAUGCACCUGGAACUCGGCAAAUUCCAGAACUGAAUGUAACGGAAAUGGCGCAAGUCAUUCUUGCGUUGAAAAUUUUGGAGGAAGAUCUUGGGGGAGAAAAAAUGAUGGAACCUGUGUUUGUAACUUGCCCAAGUAAUUGUCUAAAAUGCUACUUUAAAAUUACUUCAUCUUCUACUCCAGUAUGUUAUGCUUCUAAAUGUGCUAAAGGAUUCGGUUUUGAUGAUACUACUGGAACAUGUUUUCCAUGUCAAACAGGGUGUGAUUAUUGUAAAAAAGCAUCGACUAGUUCCAUAUGUCAAAAAUGUAGUGAAAAAUAUGCACCUAAAUUCGUUACUGGAACAUCAAAUAUAGAAACGUGUAUUUCAUGUUCCUCAUUAAGCAAUUGCGAUCAUUGUGAAGUUAUUGGAAAUGAUGUAAAAUGUAGAAGAUCACCGUGUGCAUCAAAGUCGACUGGAACAAAUAAGAAAUUUUCAUUUUCAAGUAGUACUUGUGCUACUGCAUGUCCAGCAGAUAGUUCUUGCCCGUCGGCUGAUGUUCAUGAUGAGAAUGAAAUUUGUUACUGUAGGAACUGUCCAUCAGGAUCAGUAACAGUUACAGCAGGAGCGAAUGCAGGUGUUUGUAAAAGUUGCGGAAUCGACUGCGAGGAAUGUGUAUUGUCUGCUAAUAAAGAAGAUGUUGAGUGUAGGACAUGUAAAGGAUCGAAACAAUGGGUUACAGUGGAAACAGGCUCUCCCGCUGCUAUUGUAAGAGGAUGUUAUGACUGUUCAAUUGCUUCUCCGAUGUGUAAACUAUUUGAAUACACCGGUAGUCCUGCUAUUUGCAAAUGUAAAACUGGUGAAUGCAUAGGUGAUAUAUCUCAUACCUCACCAAAUGAUAGACUGACUGUCUUACAAUCUCCAACCAAUCACCAAGAGUGCAAAGCUUGUCAUGAACAUGUAUCAAACGCUUUAUGGUGCGGUGGAACAUAUGCAAUGCCUACUCUUGCCACAUGUAAAUUUGGUUAUAUGAGAGAUUGUGGUGGAACGGCUUGCUUGAAAAUAGUGCCAAAUUGUGCCUUCGCUUUCCCCAUACCUUCCCCAGUUUCUCCUUCAAUAGCCACUUGCACACAAUGUGCAACCAAUGCUUACUAUGAUCCAACAACUGGCUUGUGUCCAAUAUGUAAUGCAGACCCUACAAGAGCUUCUUGCACGUCAUGUAUUUAUGAUUCAGGAAAUGUGCUGUGUACUGGUUGUAAUUCACCUAGUAAAAAGGGAUACAAAUGUGGAACAACUGAUUGUGGAACAUCAAUACCAAACUGUGCUACACCUUGGGCUAUGGAUGAUUCCGGUUCAACUUGUAAAUGCCAUCUAUGUACUGGUCCUUCGACGGAAACUGUAACACCUCUUGAUGCUAAUCAAUUCUUUGGAACAGGAUGUGGUGCACCGCAAUCCGCUGCAAUACCCAAUUGUGACACUCAGGCUAUAGUACCAUCUCCAUCAGCAACAGAUUAUUGUCAAAUAUGCAGUACAGGAUAUACAACAAAGGCUGGAAAUGCUGCAUGUGAAGACAUCACUCCAUUUACUAAUACAACAACACCCAUUAAUGUACCUGUUGCUGUGGAUCCAGGAAGUAGAUCACCCAGUGGAUGUCUAGGCUAUCUAGCUAUUGAAGGCGUUACAGCUAGUGAUGGUCGGUGUGGUGCGUGUCCUACUGGUCAAGAAUUGGAAGUUGUUUCACCCUCCCAAUAUAAAUGCACAGCUUGUACAGUUUCGGGAAGAGAUAACUGUGAAUUUGUUGUUGCGCAUAAUGGAGGUUGUAGGUGUGGAAGAUGCACUGCUGAUGCUUCACCAAACUUUUUUAUUAUGAAACCUGAUCACUCUAGUUGUCUGCAGUGCACUCUAAUAACAGAUUGUACGACUCAUACAUUACGUUUAGCAAAUGGUGGAUACCUUUGUGCUUGUGCUGCUUGCGGUAUGGGCAGAAUACUAAGCGCUGAUGGAUUCCAUUGUGUGGAUUGCAGUUCCUCAACAUGUAGUGGUGGAACGAUAGCAGUUAAUUCAGGAACAACUUGUUCAUGCGAAUGUGCAGCUGGAUCAUUUAAAAAGGCAGAUGGUACCGGUUGCGUUCCUUGUACUGCGGCAAAUUUUGCCAACUGUCAAACUAAUGGGUUUAAAUUGAAUUCUGAUAAUACAUGUGGUUGUAGUGGUUGUGCAACAGGUUACGUAAUGAAAUCAGAUAAAAGUGCUUGUCUCAGCUGUACAGCCACUACACCUGGAGGAAUUACUCCCAAUUGUAAAACAUGUACAGAAAGUUUAGCAACUGCUGGAAGUAUUGAUAAGUGUACAUUGUGUAAUGAUCACUUUGCACUGAAAGCCGAAACAGCACCAACUGCUCCUAGUUGUAUGGCUUGUGAAACUGGUUGUAAAACAUGUACAGUUGAUACAACUACUACACCAGCUACAACAAGUAAUAAAUGCAGAGUUUGUAAUCCAGGCUACGCUCUCAACAAUGCUGGCAAAUGUAUUCAAUGUCCACAAACGCCGACAAUUUGUUCUGAAUGUUUGAUAAAUCCUGCAGAUGAAACACAAACACUUUGUUUACAAUUUGGAUGUGGAUCUAACGCAUUGCGAGAUAACGAUUUUAAAUGUGAAGGCUGUUCAAUUGCCAAUUGUCAAAAAUGUGUUAAAGAUAUUGGAAACACAUUCAAAUGUUUAAAAUGUAAUGAUAAGCAUUAUAUGGAUUCAGUUGGAUCAUGUCAAACUUGUGUGGCAGAUUGUGAUUUCUGCAUUGAUGGAACCACUUGUUUACCGAAUGGAUGUAAAGAAGGUUUUAUCAGACAUAGGACAGAGGGAAUUUGCAUAUCCUGUACAGGAAGCGGCGUUUCAAGAUGUAUUUACAGCAAUGCCCAAUCAGAUACUCUAGUACCAAAAGUAUGUAAGACAGGUUAUAUACUGAAUAUAGGAGUAACACCUCACGUUUGCCAGAAAUGUGAUUCAAACUGUAAAAGUUGUCCUACAAAUGGAAAAGAUAAGUGUGAUUCUGGACAAUGUAACAGUGGAUACAUCUAUGACUCUACUGAUCAAAAGUGUUACCCUAACAAAUUUGGAUGCCUAACUUCAACAAGAAGUAAUGGUAAAACAACUUGUCAAUCAUGUAAUACAGCAACUUCAGUACUUUCCAAUGGUGAAUGUAAAACAUGUCCUACUGGUUGCAGUGGAUGUUCAUUUGAUGCUGCAACAAGCAAAUUUACUUGUUCAUCUUGUAAAGCACAAUACUACAAGACAAAUGAUAAUUUGUGUUCGCCUUGUCCAACUGGUUGCAGUGCUUGUUCUCUCAAUGGAGCAUCAGUUGAAUGUACAAGUUGUCUCGCCACUUAUGGUUUAAAAGGAACUUCAUGUGAGUUAUGUGGUAUUGGAGAAUGUCAAACAUGUUCUGCUUCAUCUGGAGGAAGCUCCUUGGUCUGCAUGUCCUGUUCAAGUAAAUUCUAUUUGAGUAAUGAGGAUUGUGGUCAAUGUCCGAAAUUCUGUAAAGAAUGUUCAUACAAUCAAAAAUAUGAAUGUACAAAGUGUUAUGACAGAUAUGCAAAGGCAUCGGAUGGAACUUGUGUACCGUGUCCAUCAAAUUGUGAAAUAUGUACAGCCAAUGCAGAUAAGACAACAAGAUGUACAAAAUGCAUAUCUAAUUCAUAUUCGUUAAAAACUGAUGGAACUUGUUCACUAUGUUCUGAAGCUGCGUUUGCAAAUUGUGCAACUUGUGGACCAACUCCUUCAGGUGGAAAAUCGAAAUGUGAUAUGUGUAGUGGAGGAUUUACUCUGCAAGAUGAUAAACUAGCGUGCGUUUCAUGUUUAAUUAUUGGUUGUGAUAUGUGUGCACAUGGUCGAGUAUGUUCGAAAUGUAAAUCAGGAUUCUAUUUACAUAAUUAUGACAGAGAAUGUGCAAGAAAAUGUUUUGAGUGUAAAGGAAAUCAAGCAGACUGCGGAAAUGAUAUAUCCAGUACCAAGAAUUCAACUAACAAAGUGAAGGUAAUCGAUUGUGGAAUUGGUGAUUGUUGGGCCUAUAGAACAGAAGUUUCAGGAACAAUAACAUUUGCAAGAGGAUGCUCAAAUGAAACUUGCACUUCGUCAAAUGAGAAUGAAAAUUGUAAAACAGUACAGGGGAAGAAAGAAUGCGUACAAUGCUGUAGAGGAGAAAGAUGUAACACUUGGGCAUUGGAUGGUAAAGCAGGAGUUGCUGGUCUUGUGUCUUCAACUCUAUUGAUUGUAUUGUGCAUUGUUGAAUCUUUUGCUCAGAUGAGCCUUGUAUAA